CCCGGGGGCAUUCCAGGCAGGACGUGAGCCGAAGCAGGUCAUGGCAGCUCCGGGCGGCAGGUUGGAGCCGCCGCCGCUCCCCGAGUACAGCUGCAGCUACGUGGUGUCGCGGCCGGUCUACAACGAGCUCGCCUUUCAGCAGCAGUAUGAGCGGCGCCUGCAGGAACGCAAGACGAUGCGCGAGAGCCUGGCCAAGGGCUGCAGUUGUCCAAGAAAGAGGACCCUUGGUGUGCUGAAGACUCUCCUGCCCAUCUUGGACUGGCUCCCCAAAUACCGGAUCAAGGAAUGGCUGCUUAGUGAUAUCAUUUCGGGAGUUAGUACUGGGCUAGUGGGGACACUACAAGGCUUGGCGUACGCUCUGCUAGCUGCUGUUCCCGUGGGAUAUGGUCUCUACUCUGCUUUUUUCCCUAUCCUGACAUACUUUAUCUUUGGAACAUCAAGACACAUCUCAGUUGGACCUUUCCCAGUGGUCAGUUUAAUGGUGGGAUCUGUUGUUCUGAGCAUGGCCCCCGAUGAACACUUUCUCAUAACCAGCAGUAAUGGAACUGCACUGAAUACCACCGUGAUAGACUCUGUGGCUAGAGACACAACGAGAGUAUUAAUUGCGAGCACCCUUACUCUUUUAGUUGGAAUCAUACAGUUGAUAUUUGGAGGUUUGCAGAUUGGAUUCAUAGUGAGGUACUUGGCAGAUCCUUUGGUUGGUGGAUUCACGACAGCUGCUGCCUUCCAAGUGUUGGUCUCACAGCUGAAGAUCGUCCUCAACGUUUCAACCAAAAACUAUAAUGGAAUUCUCUCCAUUAUCUAUACUCUGAUUGAGAUUUUUCAAAAUAUUGGUAACACCAACCUUGCUGAUUUCAUUGCUGGAUUACUCACCAUUAUCAUCUGCAUGGCAGUUAAGGAAGUAAAUGAUCGGUUUAAACACAAAAUCCCAGUCCCUAUUCCUAUAGAAGUCAUUGUGACAAUAAUUGCUACUGGCAUUUCAUAUGGAGUUAACCUGGAAAAAAAAUUUAAUGCUGGCAUUGUUAAAUCCAUCCCGAGGGGGUUUUUGCCUCCUGUACUUCCUCCUGUGAGCCUGUUUUCCGAGAUGCUGACGGCAUCAUUUUCCAUCGCUGUGGUAGCUUAUGCCAUCGCAGUGUCUGUAGGAAAAGUGUACGCCAUCAAGUAUGAUUACACCAUCAAUGGGAACCAGGAAUUCAUUGCCUUUGGGAUCAGCAACAUCUUCUCUGGAUUCUUCUCGUGUUUUGUGGCCACUACGGCCCUGUCCCGCACGGCUGUCCAGGAGAGCACAGGGGGAAAGACACAGGUUGCUGGCAUCAUCUCGGCUGGGAUCGUGAUGAUUGCCAUCGUUGCCCUGGGGAAGCUUCUGGAACCCUUGCAGAAGUCGGUCUUGGCAGCUGUCGUAAUUGCCAACCUGAAAGGGAUGUUUAUGCAGGUGUGUGACGUACCUCGCCUGUGGAGGCAGAAUAAGACUGAUGCCGUUAUCUGGGUGUUUACAUGCAUAGCAUCCAUCAUUCUGGGGCUCGACCUUGGUUUACUAGCUGGCCUUAUAUUUGGAUUUCUGACUGUGGUCCUGAGAGUUCAAUUUCCCUCAUGGAACAGCCUUGGAAGCAUCCCGAGCACAGACAUCUACAAAAGCACCAAGAAUUAUAAAAACAUUGAAGAGCCUGAAGGAGUAAAGAUUCUUAGAUUUUCUAGUCCUAUUUUUUAUGGCAACGUUGAUGGCUUAAAAAAAUGUAUCAAGUCCACAGUUGGAUUUGAUGCCAUUAGAGUGUAUAAUAAGAGGCUGAAAGCAUUGAGGAAAAUACAAAAACUCAUCAAAAAAGGACAAUUAAGAGCAACAAAGAAUGGCAUUAUAAGUGAUGCUGGUACAUCCAAUAAUGCUUUUGAGCCUGAUGAAGAUAUCGAAGAUCCAGAAGAACUUGGUAUCCCAACCAAGGAAAUAGAGAUUCAGGUGGAUUGGAACUCCGAGCUCCCAGUCAAAGUGAAUGUUCCCAAAGUGCCGAUCCACAGCCUCGUGCUUGACUGUGGAGCUGUAUCUUUCUUGGAUGUUGUUGGAGCGAGAUCAUUGCAAGUGAUUGUCAAAGAAUUCCAAAGAAUUGAUGUAAAUGUGUACUUUGCAUCACUUCAAGAUCAUGUGAUAGAAAAGCUGGAGAAAUGUGGCUUCUUUAAUGACAACAUUAGGAAGGACAUAUUCUUCCUGACCGUCCAUGAUGCUGUCCUCCAUCUACAGAGCCAGGUUAAAUCCCAAGAGGUUCAAGAUUCCAUCUUAGAAACAAUCACCCUCAUCCAGGACUGUAAAGAUCCUCUUGAGUUAAUGGAAGCAGAGCUGAUUGAAGAAGAACUUGAUGUCCAAGAUGAGGCUAUGCGAAGACUUGCUUCCUGAAACUGGGCUCAGGAGGUCAUGCUAAGCCAGGACUGGAAGGCAAAAGUUACCUACCACGUAAUUCUAUGCAAAUAUUUUCUGCAUUGACUAUUUUCUUUGAACUUGAAGCACUCAUUCGUUUUCUGUUCUAUUUUUUUAAACUCUUGGAUUUUUCUUUUUAACCUCUCAACCAUUGAAAGAGAAGCGCUAAGUUUGUUUCGAGGCUUUAUUUAUAAUAUGAGUAGCUUACUUCUAAAAUGUGCAAAAUGGUGAGGAGAAUUUAGCAACGUCCAGGACCUGCUGAUGUUCUGCUGCUGUUCCCCACCACGGACUUGCCAACAGUGUUCGCGUGGGUGCGCGUGUACCUCCCUGCAGCUGGGGCAAGAGUCGCCCAACAGCCUCUGUGGACAGGUGAGUCAGGAGUGAUUAUCCUACAGAAAAUUCUAUUUCUGACUGACCUUGAGACCCAUGAGCUGCACUGAUCACAGUGUAAGGUCACGAUGAAUAAAUGCUGAACUAUAAUUACUAAUGUACUUAUCAAUACAUGCCUUUAAAAAUCCCUCUUGGUAAGUACAAAAAUAAAUUUUUUAAUGCGUAUUUGGUUAGUGCUUAAUAAUGAGGUAUUACUAUAUAUGUUACCAGAUAUGUAACCAGAAUUCAGAAUAAAGGAAAUGGUUCACUUAAAAGCUACAGAACUGGGCUGAUAACAUUUUAGAAAUAUUGACUCAGAGAAGUGAAGUGAUAAGAUUACUGUAGUUUACAGAAACCAUUUUUCAAUAUGAUAAUAGUCAAGCAUCACAAGUGUCAAUGAAAAAUCAAGUAACAAUCAAGCUAAGAAAAAAAGAAAAGAGAAUUUUAUUUCAGCCAAAUUGAGGCUUAUAACCUGGGAAAUAGAUUCUGAGAAGCUCUGAGAACUGCUCCAUUGAUCAGGAGUUAGAGAUGCAGUUUCAUACAUUUUUUGGAGACAAAUUAUUUAUGUACCAUAUUGACAGAUUAGCAUUGUAUGCAGUUUAUCAAAAACCAUCUGUUAGUGAGUUAUGCAUAUACAGAACAAGCCUUUGGUAAAUGUGACCCCCUGUAUGACAUGAAAAAGAAAUAUUAACCACAGAAUUACAAUGCUGGCAUCUGAAGAAAAGGGACGAACUAUUCUCAAAGAUUGAUUUCAUCCUCCUGCUUUGAGGAUGUCUGGUUAAUACAUUAUGUAGAUGAAUAGUGCACACCGGGAUAGGCCGACCACAAAGGGGGAAUGUCAUUUGUCUUUCUUUCUGUCUUAGUUUGAUUGUCCUGCCAUAGAAAAUUUAUGAUUUUUCCCCAUCACUAGUAAGAUCAACUAAAAUAUAUGACAGACUAUCUUUAGUUCAAAAAUGCAGUUUGCUUUAUCUUAGUUUAUAGAAAUUGUCAUUACGUAGAGAUAUAUUUAAGCAUGGUCUAUUUAAAAUCCAACACAAGAAUUGUUAUUUGGAACAAAAAUCAGUUUUGAUAUGUUUAUGACUGGUGAUUGAAACAAGUUUAUAUUUUUCUAUAAAAUUUUAGCAGGAUGUGAAGUGAUCUUUAACUGAUUCUAACUACCUUUCAAAAAAAAAAUCUAAAAAGCAAACUGCCUAUAUUGGUUAAGAUAAAACAUUCUAAAUGAACUCAGUAUCAAAGGAAAAAACUUAGUUUGGAAUAUACACAUUGAAAAUAUGUAAGUUUAAAAAAAAUCCGUAUGUUAGGCCAGAAUAUUUUUUACUUGAUCAUUUCUGAGUGCCAACAAUUUUCAGGCAUUGAAUAUGAUGACAAUGUAUACGGCUUUGGUCCUCUGGACUGGUCUCAUAUAUUUCACACUAGAGAGAACGAAGUUGUACUUUUCUAGAGAAAAAUACUCAGGUCCCCAACUAAGACAAUGUCUUAACUUGACUGAGAACUACAUUGUACCUUUGGCAGAUGUGUGAAAUUCCCAAAUGUGUUUGGCUGUCCAAAGACAGCAUGUCUUAUCUCUGUUUUUCUUCUUAAACACAAUCAGAAAUAAGGUCUCCGUCUACUUCUGGAGGAGUAUCAUUAGUGAUCAUAUCAAACUGGUUGACUAAAAGAAUCUCAUCGUCCUCUCCAUCCCCCUUCCCAUACUACAUAUUGGAAUUGCAGGAAGUCGUAAUGGGCUGUGGUGUUCUAACAGUCUUUCAUGCUCAUGGGUUACAAUGUCUUUAAUUGAUGUGGAACAGAUUUCUCCCCCUGUUGGGUACAGCGUAACCAGGAUUAUAACACUAUCUCAUUUUCACAGUUAUACCUGCUUACAAGGGCGACAAAUCAUAUCUCUAAAGAGUGAACAUAAUAGUCUUGCAGAAAAUGGAUGAAUACCUCUGUUCAAUAGAGGAAAUAUGCACUGCUCAUUUUUUUUUUUAAUUAGUUGAAGGAAAUACCAAAGUUACAUUUCAAAGGCUAGAGUUUUGUAAAAUCUUGGGUCUGUCUGUGGCUACGUAAGACCACAGUCUAUUUGACUUGUUUCCCAAGCACACUCUAGAAAUACUAUCUCUUCCAUGUAUCUUGUGAAUAGUAAACAUACUUUUAAUUCUGUUUGUCAAUGAAAAUUUUACUUGAAAUUAAAGCUUUUGUUAUAUUUUUAACCUGUAGAAUAUGAUUCCAGUAUUGUAUAUGAAUUUCAAUAACAAGUGGAAAAAGUCAAAUCAUGUACAUUUGGAAAUAUUUGUGCAUAUUUUUUGAGAUGUAGUGUUGCCUUUUAAACUACUCUGAUGUGUCCUUUCUGAACAAAACUAUUAAAUAUAGUAAAAAUGCUAAAUUUUAA